AAUGGAUAUCCCAGAUUCCGGAGGUUCCAUGGUCAGCUGAUCUGUAGUAUAUAAACCGAGUAACCAAGCUUGGAACAUGAUAUAUUUGAUGAUAACUUGACGGCUGCCACUUCACGAGACGCCGGGUUUAUUUUUUUUACUGGAACGUGCAAAUUUGCAUCAACUUGAAGGAGAAAUCGGCAGAGAUUAUUCUGUGAGUAUACUUCAGUCUUUAUCUCUCUCAUUAAGUCUUUUUGUUGGUAUCUUUGUGGCUUUGUAGUCAACUAUCAGAUGCGAUUACCACACGAUUUCGAUGGAAAAAACUCCACUUCGGCAUAAAAGAAGCACUGUAGUCUGAGUGUUUCUUUGAGUAAAAAAAAACGUGCUUCUAAGAUGAAUAUAAACCUUGAGGUAGUAAUAACUGGAUAUAUGAUGCCUAAACGCUUUGUUUGCCGAUCGAAGAUUCCUUUCCGCCCUCAUGCAGAGUUAGUCUUUCGCAAUACGCCGUUUUCGUGAUGUAACGCUACUCUUCUUACCGUGACAACAUAAAGACGUAGAGAAGAUUGUUUUACAGUAGAACCACGCGCCCAUUUAAAUGUUUUCGAGUACAUGAAAUAUCCUUACCCCCGAGCGAUCCUGCAUCAGCUAACUUUUCACUUAAUUCUUUGAAAUAUUUAAGCCACUGUUUACAUGAGAAUGCCGGGAUCGUGUCGGAUCUAGCCCGAGACAACUCGGGUGGGCGAGUUAUCUGGCCUCGACAAGAUAAGCUUGUCAGACGGGAAAACUUUUCCUCAUAUCAACACUUCAGCUCGCUAAGCAAGCCGGAAUAAAAUCUCUUAUCGUUUCCAUCGGUUUAUAUUGAGCGUUCGAUCCUAUUCAUGUGUUUAUUUGCGCUAUACAAGCCCCCAGUUGUUUUUAAUUAUUGUCGUCGUUCACCACUAUGAUAGAUGUGAAGGCUGUCAGGCUGUUGUGGGAAAUGCUGAUGGGUGCUGAGAGCAGCUGUUAAAACUAACAACUUCUUGGGAGCGCUCUGUAAAAUUGUCUCGAUGGCUAGAUGGGGGGAAGGGUUGUCUCAGCUACCCGAGACCACUUAACUAAGUCCUCGCGCCUUAGGUUUGGUAGAACAAGUGUGACACGGUUUAUAAAUACUUUGCCUUUGCUUAGAUCAACGUUCUGCUUUCUACCUUCAUUGUUCAUUCUUAAGGUUAAUUGCGUGUCAAAGGCUAACCGGGACCAACAAUCAAAAUGUUCUGAAUUUUUCCAAGAGAGCUUGAGUGUUAGGAUCACUUGGAGAUGUUAAUCGGAGGCGAGGCGACCUUAAUUACGUUUUUUUUUCACCGUCAAAUCCAACCGGUAAGGAUCUUAGUGAUUUGACCUCAGCAGUUCUUGAGACUUCGAAAAAGGGCUUUAUACUCUAGUUAAAACUUUGUACCUUCGUAGUCUACAAUUUUAAAGCUUUUAUGAUUCACAUGCUAAAGUAUUUGUUGAAAACAGGUUGGUAAAUUGCCAGAUCAAAGCGGACAUUGGGUUUAACUUAAGUCUUGCGGUAUUUUGAUUAGUAAAAUUCCGCUCAUGUGGCAUUGCGGAGGUCUCAAAUCUCGUGUUGUGCGUUGUUUGAGUUUUUGAAACCUACGAUGCAAGGUGAAACGAACACUUUUACAAACGCGUUGAGCAGGUCUUAAAGAAAUGCAACGUGAAUAAGGGGAUGUAAAUAAUCGUUUAAUUUUUCUCUUUUGUAAUGUGGGAAAUGGAGGUGAAAACGUUCAAAGUCCAAAUCAAUUUCGCAGUUCGCAGAACACACGUUUCCUAGCGAGCUACGACAGACGCGAGGCACGCGCAAAACACGAAACCUGCGCGAGGUUAGGAGCGCGUGAUAGAUAUGACUUUUCUCUUUGCUUUCGUUUCCCGCUUGUCUAAGCUGGCCUGAGGAGAUAAUAUCAUUGUUGGAAAGACUCCCAACAUGCCACCAUUUGAACGAGCUAAAUUUAGUUGCGGUGUUGUCGUGAAAGAAAAGACCCUUGCAGAAAACUACUAGUGGUAUUUUUGUUAGAUCACCACUGUUUCAAAUUACUACUUUGCCUAGUUUUAAGGACUUCAUUUUUAUCAUUGUGUUUAUUUUCAACUCAUUUCAAUUUAACGAACAGAACAACGCAGGUCAAAAACUCUCCCUGUAUACUCAACCUAUCAGAACAGUCCAUCAAACAGCAUUGAUAAUCAUGAUAUCAGCGAUACGGUGCUUCUGUUGUCACCGUAUUACUGUCUCCAUAUAAGUGCCUUUCUUUUGUCUUUAUUGAGUUUAGGUCUAGCAAUUCUGAGGAAUCAAAUAAAGCGAUUGUAAGUACCUUUCACAGACUCUAGACACUGAGAAAAGUUAACCUCUGAGUACUACCUCAAACCUGCACGAUCGUAUCAACAACUUUUAUGUCCCAAAAUCAUAAGCCUGGACCGAGCCUAAAGAUUUCGAGUCUUCUGUUUUAAAGUUGUUUUUCUGGGCCUACAGUAGUUUUUUUUUUUUUUUAACCACAUUUUUUACCAUAUUUGCAUUAAGAGCGGUCAAGAGCCUAAGUGGAAAACACAUCGAUCAAACGAAAUGACUAAAAUGGAGAGCAAAAUGUCCAAACACAGUGAAGAUAGUGCCGAAUGAACGCCCUCAGGGAGCUCGUUACCAUCCGCUUUAGACAGGUAUUUUAAAAAUAGACAACGUAAUGUCGAGGAAGUUAACGUUUCUCGGUCUCGCGCAGUCAGUUUAACCACGAACUACGAACCUUAUCGAAUCAAUAGCUUGGAGGUGUUUUUUGUAUGGGCAUGCUAUUUUUUUAGCGCAUCAUAAGGUAUGGUGGAAAUUGGUGUUUUGUGGUCUUUCAUUUAAAGUAUCGUACAUAAGUUAUCGAACCAUUUGCAUCGAUCUGGCUAGUUCAUACAACUUAAGAAGCAGAGUUUCCCUGCAAUCUAAGAAUCAUCCGGAAAUGUCCAACAGGGUCUUGUGUUUCAUUGGUGUUCUGUUAAGCGUCUGCCUAAGUUCGUUCUGCUGGUGUCCGCUGAAUUUACAGGUUUGUUUCAUUUCUAGAAGAUAUGGGAAGUCAAAGUUAGGUUUUUAACCGUAUAAUGUCCUUAUUGAAAUUGCUUGUCGUUUUGCUGUACGCAUUUUUUUUUUUGUUUUGCCAUUUAAAGCUUCACAUGGAAAUAUUUCCAUGAAACUCUUUUAAAAAACGGAAGAAUCAAGAUUUUAACCCAGAAAUAUUGAUUUUCUUUGGGCUUCCUUUAAUUCGUUAAUUUGCGGCAAAGUCGGUGGAUAUGGGCGGUCAUAAAUGCCCGCAAAUAUCAAGGUUGAUUGUAAAGAUGCUGUUGUUAUAUAUAAGAAGUUCCCUGCUCUCACACAAUACUAUUUUUGUGUGUUUUCCAUCUAAUAUUAACCAGAAGUUUCUAUUCGCUAUUUGGUUCAACACGAUCGGAAUGCUUCGGAAAGUUGCGCAAAUAAAUCUGUCAAGCUUUAAUAGACGAUGCAUUUGCUAUCUAGGACUAUAGACACAACUUAUGUCUUAACUUUACGUCUGCAGAGUAUUAAUUAAGAAGAUUCGUCUAAUUUCCCCGCUUAAAGAAGGGAGCAUUGACCUUAAAACUUACUUAUCAUUAAAUCAAAUAGUAUUUCUCUAUGUUUGUGUUAAAAAGGUGAUCUUUAGACCGUCUGAGAGAGAGAUAAAAAACGUAUUUGUAGAAGAUUCUGUUUCCAGUGACCUGGCCAUAAUUUGCAUAGUUUCACUUUCAACAGGUUUAAAUUCCCUGCUGUCAACUUUCUCAUAAGCUAUAUUAAGACUGAUAAAUCGAUAGAGUUUUAACUUUCGUGUCCUGAGCACCAUAUCCGAUUCAGGCUUUUUGACGCUUUCGCAACCACAUCUGAGGUCAUUCGCUGGUUUUCAACUGAAGGCAAGUGUAAACAAAAGGGUUAAAAUAUCUAGAUCCUUCCUCCCGCAUUGAACUAAAUUAAUUAUAGCAUCACAGAGGAGGUAGCCUGGAUAACACUAUCAUUGCAUUCGUGAAGGAUUUUAUGACGACAGCUGUCAUGCACCCACCAGACGGUUCUAAGUCCUGAAGUCGCGGCAUGCUGAAUAAGCGCCCAAUUUUUUUUUCUUUAGAAGAGUGCAUUCAUUUGAGCGUGUUAUCUAGUCAUGAUCAAAAUACAGAGAGCAGUCGACACCUAAAGUAGCAAUUUGGUGCAUUAAGCUUUCACAAAAGUAAUUGAGGACUUAGUUGUCACCAGGAAAAGGGAAGAUUCUUUAAAAACAGAUUUCUCCGACAUUUCUAAUGUGCAAUUUAACACUUGAGAGGUUAAUUUCAGUUUGAAUGGAUUUUCGUGACCUGGGAGUUAAAUUACUGUGACUGAAUAUUUUAUGCAUUAUUAGCGUUAAUUCAACUUAAAUUUCAUAGUUUUGCAAUACCUUUUCCUUACUUUUUCAAGCGUACCUUGUGCUUAUUACAUUCGUGCAGUUUUAUUACGCGCAUGCGAAAAAACCCGGCCGGCUUAGUGCGAGUUUAGAAAGCAGGUGAGUUUGUAAGCAGAUACACGCGGUUUAUUUCUAAUAGUAUGAAUUUGAAUGAAUUUUCAGGUAUCAUAGCAGGUAUUAUGCUUAAAAUCAGCCCGUGGUCAAGUCAAAGACGGUCGAAACGCUAACUGGCCAAUUUGAAUAAAAUUUUUAUUGAAAUCACUCACCGGAAAUGUAUAUCAUAGUACCAUCCAGAAUUCCAGUCUAAUCGUAAACAACAGCUGUAACGUAUAACUUUAAUGGCCUCGUUGGCUCAAUAUUACCCACGAGCUUAAAACCUUGAAAAGGAAAAAGCGAAUUGGUAAAGAAAACCUCGAUUGGCGCAUGCAGGGUUAUUUGGAGGCCACCUGAUUUUGCUCUCCAUGGGAGCUUCACAAUUUAGUUCGUCUAAAAAAACAACAGACUUCCCGAAAAAAAUAUAUUAUACGCCAGACCAACCAAACAGGUUAUAACCUCAGCGUUGACCAUUGUGAAUGGGUCGUUUGUAAUGUACAAGAUGCGUGACCUAACUUUACCAUAAUAGGCUUAGUGAGGUCGCAUUCCCAGGGGCCGAACUAGGGGUAUAAAAAUCAUUGUUUGUUCAAAUACGCAAGCAUUAAAUCUCAGAUUGCCGACAUUGUCGAGCUUUGCAUGCAAUUCCUCUGACCGGUAGAUUACUCUUGGUAAGUCAUACUUCGAUUUUCUUUUCGGGUGCAAUGCAGUUAUAUUAUAUGACUGAACACAGAGCGAAGGAGUGUUUUUUGAGAAGGUGAUAACCUGCUGACUGAAAGAUUUUUUCAAUCGUUACAGAAACUUCCUUGAAGAAGCGGUUAACAUGAACAACACUGCAGAGCAAGACCAAGGCGUCACAGAAUCGCCUAUUCCCUUGCCUUCCAGCUUCGUGUAUCCAGUGGCGACGUGUCAUAUCUUAAUCGUGGCUGUAGCUGUCAUUGGCAACAUCAUGGUUUGUUCGGGUAUACUUAUCAACAAAAACCUGCGCAAAAUGCCCACAAAUGUCUUCAUUUUCUCCUUGGCGUCAUCGGACCUUCUCACAGCGACCCUGGCAAUGCCAUUUGACAUAGAGGGGCUUUUUCUGGGAUGGGUUUGGAACCAUGGAGAGGCGAUAUGCAGGGCCUGGAUCACGGUCUACCUCAUUACCGUUCCGACCUCGAUUUUGACUCUCUUGGCCGUGAGUUUGGAUCGCUACAAAAGCCUCAGCGAUCCUCUCAAUCGUUAUCGUCGCUUAGGGUUCAUGACUCAUAAGAGAGCCAUCGUUAUUAGUCUGAUGAUCUGGCUUUACAGCAUCCUGUUUGCCUUACUCCCUAUCAUGGGCUGGCGAACAGAACGGAAGUUCGUUAUAUUCAAUGUGUGCUGGUUUCCUUUCCCGCCGGUGUAUACUGCCCUCAGUUCUACCGUGAAUUUUAUUCUACCGCUGACAAUCGCUUGUGGCAUUCACCUCAAGAUUUACCGCCUGGUGUGUAGGCAGCUGAAGAAUUUCAACACAAGUCAACGCGCUGAGAACAACGACAACGAGCCUUCUGAAGGAGAACGGAAAAUUUUUUUUAGAAACGUCCGAGCCUUUAAGACGACCACAAUGUUUGUGUGCGCUAUCUUCCUUUGCUGGGUUCCCUACUCAUCUGUCAGCAUUGUGGCUGUUUUGUGCGAGUCAUGCGCAGCAGCAAUCCCGAGUGAAGCCAGGAUUGUUCUUGUAAUGAUUGGUUAUCUGAACUCGGCCUUAAAUCCAUUUCUGUUCGCUUUCCGGAGCAAGCGAUUUAAGGCUGUUUAUCCAAAUGUCUUCGGGUCUCCUAGACGAGUUGCUCGAGUAAUGUAAAUCUUCACUGCACCUUUCAAUUCUCCAUUUAUUCCUGAAGUGACCAGAACUACUCAGUCCGUGUUUAUUUAGAUAUGAUCUACUAGUUUGUCUAGACUGAGUAGAAAACAAAGUUCCAAUGGUUGCAACAAUACUUGAAACUCUCUUUCAAUAACCAUUUUUAUAAUCAACACUAAUCGAUAGAAAAAAAAAAUUAAUCAGGAUCUCAUUAACCCAAAUUAAACUGCAAUUGCAAUUAAGGCUUGAAGAUUAUAUAAAGGUAAGCCAGAGCAAAUAGUCAUUGUAACAAUAAAAAAGAAUUGAUGAUAGUCAACUAGUUCAGUGAUCAUAACAAAGUCCAAUGAUUUUUGGAAUUUUUUUCCUACGUUAAAAUUUCGAAAAAUGAGCAUUUCGAGUCUUGUUUUUGUUUUGUUGGGAGACAGUCUGACACUAAUCCUUCAUGUGUGAAAAAACAGGCGAAAUCAUGCAUUGUUAAGACUCAAUCACGUCAGCUCCUCAAAAGCAUUACUCCUUCUGUAUGAAUCCAACGCAAAGUAUUUCAAGAUUGUUUGCAAAUUAAAAGCCAUGCCGCUUGCGGCAAAAUUUGUCAGUUCUAAAACGACUUGCGUUUCUCUAGACCAAUUGGAUUUGCGUGCUAUGUGCAAUAAGAUUAUCCUUUAACGAACUUUUCCUCGCAAUAAUUGCAAAUUAAGCAUUUCGAAACUUGGCAUAGAUUUCUAUUUAUUUUGAUAUUUGUUUGUUUGUUUUGUAUAUGCAGGGAGGAGUCUGUCAUGACGGAGUCUCGAUCUCGCGUGUUCCUUUGUUUGUGGUUAUUUUUCGGUAAAUGCCCUCAACUUGGGUGAGUUCAUUUUUCCUUUCAAACGAUUCUUUUGGGGUUUCAAAUCUCCGACCAAAAAUGCCAGACACUAAAACAGCUCUCAUUUUCUAACACUUAUCAUUCUUGUUAUUUGGAAUUACAUCAUACUUUUUUCCAGAAGUUGCGAGCAAUUUAGUUAAACAUGAUGACAAUUCCAGCAGUACAAUGAAUGAAUUCCUAACAUUCUGGUAACAUCUACCAGUUAAUUGCAGAUUUCUACUUUUCCAAACAAUGUUUGGAUCAUUUUUAUUUAUCAGAAAAAGCGUUAAGCGUUAACAACUGAUUUGUAUUGUCUGGAUGCGAAAAUUCUUUUCCCUCAAGAAAUUAAUGUUACACUUAUUUACAAACUGACUCCGUCAACUAUAUAUAAACCGAACAUGAAAGCAAUCUUCGCAGUAAUACGUAAACCGUUGCGAGACGGAAGCAUUCUUUAAUUUAAUAUUCUCGUUUUAAUCUACUUAUCAUAGUUUGUAGAAUUAGAUUUUAUUUUAUCCUGACUUGGGUUUAAAAAUAAACCGUCCAGGGACAGAGAGUACUUUUUGUACUCUUGUUAUAAUCUUUUAAUUAUAAUAAGUUGUAGAUUGAAUUAGAUUUUAUGUUACCCUGACUUCGGGUUAAAUAUACGCCGUCUAAGACAGAGUAUACCUUGGUAUUCUUUCCUUAAUCUUCUUACAAUUAUUGUAGAAUAAAUAUUGGAAACCCAGACAACGGUUUAAAAAUAAACCAUCGUGAGCGCAGAGAGGGUACACAUUAGUACUCUAGUUCUAAUUCAAUUAUUUCUAGGAUAAGACCGAAUGCACCUUUGCGUUCUUAUUUUAAUCUUCUUACAAUUAUUAUUUGAAGAAAUACAUUUUUUAUCAGUUACCUUACUUUAAAACUGUCAUCGUCUCCGGAUUAAAAUAAACCGGUGUAUUGCUGAGAAUAAUCUAACAUCCUGCUGGUUUAGCAUGAUCUUAUUAUACCGAUUAUGCCUACAUUAUGUAUGAACUGAAUAAAGUUUGAGAACAC